AUGGAAUUUAAAGAAAAUAUAUUAAAGAUAUUAAAUCAACAACCUAGUAACCAAGAUGUUAAAUCAAUUCGUGAUGAAUUUGAUCUUACUGUCUAUACAUUGCAUCUAUUGACAUGUAUGUUGGGUUACAAAUGUAUCGGUAUAACAGAGAAAUCAAAGAGUAACAGUAGCAACAACAACAACAACAACGAAGAAGAUACUAUGAAACUACCAAAUGGUUGGAACUCUAGCAAUGAUAGUUACUGUCUCUUUUAUCAAAGCAACUCUGACCCAUCCGUCACCUUUAUCAUAAAGUCGCUUCGUAUGGGUGAUACAUUGAUCCUCAAUGGAAUGCCAGAGGUACAAAAGAAUAGAAUUGUUUCUUUGGAUAUAGAUUUGAAUCAAUUGGUAGCUCACAAAGACUUCAAAUUAUUAUCAGACUUUAAGAAUGCCUUUAAGAAUUUGGAUCAAUUAUUGACAAUCUAUCAAACCAGUAUCAUUAGAAACGUCGUUCCACAAAAGAUAUCACCUCUACAAGAAAGUGAACAUACCAUUGAAAAAGACAAAAAAACAUUUAAACAUGAAGAUAAUAGUGAACCAAAGAAACAAUUCAAUCCUGAUCCUUUGAUGGUAGGUGGAGGAGGUAGAGGAGGAGGAUAUGGUUAUGGAGGUGGCCAUGGAUUUGGAUCAGGUGACUCUGACCUGUAUGCAGACUUUAUGCCACAUAUUCCCAAUACAGUUGGUCCUGCUGGUUUCAACCCAGGACUACGUGGUGGUAGCAACAUUGAUAGAAACCAUCCUGGAUUUGGUAGAGUUCAUUUCCCAAAUGGCAGCGAUGACUAUCAUAACAGUGGAUUGCCAUCAUCUGAAUUCAUUCCUCGCGGUGCUGUUCCACCAGGUGCUAGAUUCGAUCCAUUCGGUCCUCCAACUGGACAACCCAAUAAUAGAAAACCAUCACAAAAUAAUAGAUAUGGUGAUGAGUUUGCUCCUCCAAAAUUUGAUAAUGAUUUUUAUUCUUAA